AUCAGAUGUCGCGUUAUCAUUUAAAACUGUCGACAACUAGUCUUCUUGAGAUUUUUAUACACGACAAGGUUGUAGCCAUAGAAACAGUUUAUUGUUGAUAACCAAGUUUUUUAAAUCAAAAAAAUGUCAUCGCAAAAGUUACAAUUAAAAACAAAUAUGUCAGUAGAAUUGGAUGAGCCUUUAACAAGUGAUGGGUGUUUAAAACUUAUUAUGGAAUUUCUUAAGUAUAUACUUUAUAAUAAACAACAAAUACCUUUCUCUUAUGACUCGUUAGCUCAAGUUCAAGCUAAAAGUAAACCUACGGAUAGAAAUUUUAUGAACAUUGGUAAUUUUUUAGACUGUUUAUGUGAUGUAUCUAAUCAUUUGAAUUCACAAUUUUACACGGAUAGAUGCAUAGUGAAAGAAAUUAUCAUAAUUAUUGGAGCUACAAUUUUUUCACCAAAGUUCUGUAUAAGUAUGGAACUACCGGAAAAUAUUCUAAAUAGCAAAUUACAUAGCGAAUAUCAUCAUUCUUCUCGUAAACCGUUAUUAAAUUUAAUGAGGUCGAUAGUUGACUGUGACGCAUUUCAAGAAGCCUUGAAUUUGCCAAUUGGACCUACGAACACAUUCGUGUUGGUGCGAAAAAGUGAUGCAAAUCAGUUAUCAACAUUUUUCAUUCCAAAACCACAGUAUUCUUUUCCUCUACAAUCAUCUUCGUUUCAUAUUCGACUUGAUCACAGCAAAGAUUUUCAGAUAAAUUGUCGUUGUUCAAGUGCAAUUAAAGUUUUUCAUGAUUCGAGAAAGGAAUUUCUCUUGGACUUAAAUCUCUUUGACAAAUCAAAUAGCUGCGAAUCAACAAGAUAUCAGUGGUAUCAAGCUAGAAAAGUAAUUAAAGGUUUUAAAUUCUUUAGAUAACUAUAUAUAGAAAUAUAUUACAUAAAAAACUGAAGAAAAAAUGUUUCUUGUUACAACAAUAGAAAAUUUUGCAAAUUUUGAUAUUCUGUGCUUCAUUUAUAAGACUUUUAAUUAAAUAAGAAUGUAAAUAUUUUAUUUUAACUAAUAAAGUUUAAUGUCUUUUCUGUUAUCGUAA